AUGGCGACAAGCGGCAGGGCCUUCAUUUUCUUCAGCAUCUUCUUCGUGGCAGAUGCCAUGUUCAAGAAGGCUGCAAAGCAGCUGGUGUCUUUGCAGGAAGACAGCAUGAGGUCCUCCUUCCCUUUGCUGUGGGCCGGAACCUCCUGGGAUCUGGCAGCGACCUUCGUGGCUUCAGUACAGGGGGCAUUCGAAAAAGCGGCAGGGGCGCCGGCGACGCCAGCACUGCUAGCUGCCCAGCCAUUAAAGUGGAUGCAUACGCCGAAGUGCGGGACUUCUUUCGUGAAUGUAUUGAUCCAUCUCCCUGAUGUGUGCCCGGGAGUAGACGACUCUUUCCAAGUGAGCGAAGAAGUACUGGGUGACCUCUUCGAGCUCAAGUUCGAGGGUAUUUGUCCACAUGUCUGCAAUGGCAACAAGUUCCUGUGCAAUAGCGAUGUGCAGGGAUUCCCGGCCAACACGCACAUGGGCAUCGGACAUCAAUAUGAGCUCCUCAAAGGUCACCUUGUGACCAUGAUGCGCGAUCCGAUCCAGCGCAUCUUGUCUGCUUACGCCGACCCAACAUGGCCGCAUGGGAAGGAGUUCAAAGACCUCGUUAUCUAUGCUCAUUCAGAGGCGCAUGCUGUGACAUGUCAGAUCAUGACAGAUGGUCCCAUGGAUCCACCUCCAGCAUCGUGCGGAGAUUUGAACGAAACGGAUGCGGAAGAAGCGGUGACCAGGCUUCGUGAAGGAUUCGCCUUUGUUGGGCUAGUGGAGGAAUGGGACCUCUCCAUCUGUCUCCUCCACCGUAUGUUCGGAGGUGAUUGCCUCGCCUCGGACUUCAUGGACGACAGGCCCACAUUUCCCGGAGAUUCAAAGAACCACGAAUACAACUCCUCUGUGCUUCAAGGCUACGAUGACCCCGUCGACCGAAUCCUUUACAACGGAGCAAAGGAGCUCUUCGCCGAGAGGCUGCUGGAAUACAACGUGUCUCAAGAGUCGUGCCAGCCGUGUUUUGCACAAGCAAAGAGGGUUUAG